AUGCAGGAUACCAAUUUUCCCAUGGAAGCCAUCGACGACACCUUCGGCAAGGACACGGCGCUUUGGGAAUGGAACCAACUGAUGGUCAAAGCCUCUGAUAUUUCAGGCCGCCCGCUGGCCGUCGCGCAUCUGUACAAGAAGUGGAUGAUUGAAGCCGGCUUCGUCGAUGUUGUCGAGAUCAGGUACAAGUGGCCGCAGAACACGUGGCCCAAAAGCAAGCGGGACAAGGAGCUCGGCAUGUGGACGCUCGCGAACAUCCUCGAGGGCCUCCAGGGCUUUUCGCUGGCGCUGAUGACGCGCUUUUUGGGCAUGAGAAGCGAAGAAGUGGAAUUACUGUCCGUGGUAUCCUCCUCAUCGCGUUCCUGA